UGAGUCCCCGUGGUUCAUUGCAGUAAAAAUAGUCACAGGGUUUCUCUAUUCAAUAAUAGCUGUCGGUAAAGAGUAUGACUUGUUAUUGUUGCCCAGUAGUUCAUGUAUAAACAAUCACUGCGGCAACGGAGGAUAGGCAGGUUAGCGGCGAGCGGCACUGGGUGCGGAACGAUACGGGUUCAGUGUGAGCCGGCUUCGCAUGGUCUUGAAGGUGUUGCAUAGGACCGUUACUUGUUUUGCAGUGCCUACGCUGGUGGUUUUUUCGCGUGUAUAACCCCUACACAAACUUCAUCUUUCCACAAUGGCAGAUCAGCUGACAGAGGAACAGAUCGCUGAAUUCAAGGAGGCCUUCAGCCUCUUCGACAAAGAUGGGGAUGGCACCAUCACCACAAAAGAGUUGGGCACAGUGAUGAGGUCACUGGGACAGAACCCAACAGAGGCAGAGCUGCAGGAUAUGAUCAAUGAAGUUGAUGCAGAUGGUAAUGGUACAAUUGACUUCCCCGAGUUCCUCACAAUGAUGGCCCGGAAGAUGAAGGACACAGACAGUGAGGAGGAGAUCCGUGAAGCAUUCCGCGUGUUUGACAAGGAUGGUAACGGCUUCAUCAGUGCAGCAGAGUUGCGCCACGUUAUGACCAAUCUUGGAGAGAAGCUAACAGACGAGGAAGUGGAUGAGAUGAUCCGGGAGGCAGACAUCGAUGGCGAUGGCCAAGUCAACUAUGAGGAAUUCGUCACCAUGAUGACGUCCAAAUGAAGAGCACAACUGUUGUCAAGCCAACGUUCCAUCUUCUUCUGUCUUUCACUGCUCUUCAGCAUCUCCUGUCCAAUUUAUCCCCCUCCCUCCUGUGGGUCCGGUGUAGCUGUCCCAUCUUUGGUGAUUGUUUAGCCUGUGAAAUGUCUGCUGUACUUUUAAAAAAACAGAGAAGGAUUGAUUGCUCCCACUGUCCAGAUUCCUCUAUUUUUGUUGUGACGAAAAGGAAAAGCUAAAAAACAGAAGACCCUCCUAUUCUUGCACUGGUGAUUUUGUGGACAAGAGAUGUCGUGAAGGUCUUGAUCUUUUUUGCAGCACUGUUUUGGUGACAGGAAGAAAAUCUAAAACUCCCUCACAUCUGGCCCUUCUCAAUUUGUGUUCUUGUAAAGUUUUAUACAUAUCUUUAUUGAGCUGAGUUUUCUUGUAAGUACAUGACUGCAUUAAUGGCUACUGUACUGUACUCUCUGGCAGAUCAGGAACUACUGUAAUGAUGACAGAGUUGUAUGAAUGUCCAGUUUGGUAUUCACUAAAGAUGUUUACAUUUUUAUGAGAGUAAAUAUUGACAGGCUGCUAGGCCAUAAAAGCAGUGCUGAGUGACCAAAUGAUAGCCCCAAGAGCCCUGGGCCCAGUCAGUUGCGUGUUUUGAACUGAUUUUGGGACUGGUUACCACUGUGCGUCCUGACACAGGCUGUGAUAGAUCUGUGUGUCUUGGUUGUAAAUCUCCUCUACUGUAGUGAUCCACUUGUGUGAAGUGUGAUUCACUUGAGUUGUAGUCUAUGAGCCUGUGAAGGAUGUUGUGGUCCUCGCAGUCGGCUCAGCAAAUGUAUUUGUGCGACAUCUUUACUAAUAAAACUAGCUCCACCUACA